AUGUUGAGAGUGUCAGUGAAGCGUGUGUUCCAUUCGGUGGGCCCCAGGCUAUCGCAAAUGCAAGGUGUCGAGAAUACGUACGCUAAAUCGUUGUUCAACGUAGUGAAAACGAAUAGUGCCCAGUUACAGUCAGUGUCAAAAUCGCUCUUAGGGCUGAAUGAAUUGGUGUCUAAAGAUGAGAAGUUACAUUCUGUGUUCGAUAAUCCGUCUCUUUCGCUGGACGACAGAGUUGCUGUAGUGAACGCAAUAGUGGAGACUCAACCACAAUUAAACCCUAAUAUUGUUAAUUUCCUCAAAGUAAUUGCUGAGAAUAAUAGACUGUAUAUGUUGACUGACAUAGUGUCCAGUUUCCAGAAAAUGAAUGACGAUUUUAACGGGAUUGUCAAUGCUACGGUGACCACGAUAGAACCACUAGAUAGUAAAUCGUUAAAGAGACUCGAGAAAGCAAUCACCCAAUCUAAAUUUAUUGGCCCCAAUAACGCUUUAAAGUUACGGAAUACCGUCAACCCUGAUAUUAAGGGAGGGUUGGUGCUGGAAAUCGACGAGAAAACAGUGGAUCUAAGUGUAGCGUCAAAGAUUCAAAAAUUGAAUAAAUUAUUAAAUGAAGAUAUUUAA